UAAAUAAUGAUGCAAAUAUUCUCACUAUAUUAGAUCAAUCCUUAAAAGGAGAAGCAAGAAAAUGGUAUCAUAGAGAAUUUGACAAUAAAAAUUGGGAGUUGGAAAAUGUACUUGAUAACUCUGGUAUAGGUGCAACAAUAGCACAUAUUUGUGGUGCUAAUACAGGAGAUAUAACGGGUGCAGUCGCUUCUUUCCCAAAUGUUCCACUUGGACUUACAGGUGCACAAAUUAUCUCUGCUCGAAAU